AAUACAAAACAUGCGGGGAAAGUUAAAGAAAGGUCUUAAACGACCAAAUAAUAAUCACAAAAUCGGUGCCAUGUCUCGAAAUGACAGAUUUCCUAAAAAUAAUAGGUUCAUUCAGAGAAGCAAACAAAUGGAGGAUUUACAUAGAAAGGAACACCAAUUGCGGAGAACUGUCGUUCAUGAUUCUGUGUUAGAGGUCGAUGAAUCCUUGUUGCCAAAUAUACCAGAUGAGACAGGAUUCUAUGAAAAACUAGUGCUAGAGUACAAUCACAUAGGCCCUACACUCAGCGGUAGCCAUUCCACCUCGAAUGUUAAAGAACACAAAAACGUUGAUAAUUCAUCAAAACUGGUUGGCGAGAGGGACGAAAAAAAAUGUCUGGAUGAGCAAAAAAAUUCGCUUAACAUAGAUGUCUACAAAUCAUUCACAAGACAUUUUAAUAUGGAACUAACUUCAGAAGAUAUUGAAAAUCUAAUAACAAAGGAAGGAAAUUCAACUGAUUGUCAUUGGGAAGGAUUAGGAAAUUUAAAAAUAGAUUUUCCUAAUUUAAAUCUAGAUUCGAACAUAAUAGCAGAUUUUGGCAAAAAUCAACCUCCAAAGAUAGUGCAAGUAGCCGAUAUUCAGCAUUUGGAAGUAAAGACGUCAAUAUGUGGUCAUAUGGAAUUCCCGCUCACUCAGUUACAGUCGGAACUCUUCAAUAUAUUGACCCGUUACAUAGAUAUUUAUUACCCUUACCGAUCACAUUGUAAUGCUGAAGAGAUACGUUAUAUAUAUUGCAUUCAUAUGCUAAAUCACUUGUUAAAGAGCAGAUCGAUCAUUCUGCGUAACAACGAAAAAGUAGCAGCGCUGGCAAAGAGUUCAAAAUUGCCGCCAAGUGAAAUUUCAAUACCAGAAAUCUAUCGAGAUCAAGGACUAAAGCGAAUGAAGGCCCUUAUCAUUGUGCCUUUCCGAGAAUCGGCGCUAAAAACAGUUAACAUAUUAACUCAGUUGUUAUUUGGAGCGGAAGCAGAAAUUAAUAAGAAAAAUGGCAAGAUUGCAAAAUAUGAGCGCUUUGUUGAAGAUUAUUCGGGUAACACGAUGUAUUUUCCGAAAACAAAUCCAAAACCCCUUGAUUAUGAGCGAACAUUCAGCGGCAACACAGAUGACAACUUUAAAAUGGGCAUCCGAUUCACUAAAAAAUCCAUAUCCUUAUUUGCUGAUCUGAACUCAUCCGACAUAUUAAUAGCUUCUCCUUUGGCUCUGCGAAUGCUUAUAAACGAUAAGGACCAAGAUUAUGAUUUUUUAAACUCAAUCGAACUAUUAAUCAUCGAUCAAGCUGAACUCUUUCUAGCACAAAAUUGGGAAAAUCUAUUAUUCACUCUUGACCAUCUUCACAUGCAACCACAAAAAUUUCCUGACACAAAUUGCCAACGCGUUCGAACAUGGUGCCUGAAUGGGUCAUCAAGAUUUUACCGCCAAACUCUUCUGUUCUGUUCACAUGAUCUUCCAGAGUUUCGAGCAGUUCUCAGCAAUAAGUGCCACAAUUUCGAAGGUAAAAUACGCUUCACCAAUAUGGUUGAUCAUGGUGAUAUACGUAACGUGCUGACACCAAUUCAGCAAGUAUUUCGACGCGUCAACUGCAGCACUGUUGAAAGCAUUUUUGAAGAUCGGUUUCAGUACUUCGUCAAUGAGAUACUGCCGCAAUUUACUGGACCCAACCACUCUCAUUGUAUGUUGUACGUUCCAAGCUAUUUUGACUACGUACGAUUACGAAACCAUUUUAAAAAAGAAAUGAUUAGUUUUGUGCAAAUAAGUGAAUACACAAAAAAGGAAAAAGUCUCUCGAGCUAGAGACAUAUUUUUCCACAGCGGUGCACCAUUUUUGCUUUACUCAGAACGUGCGCAUUUUUUCCGACGUACUCGCAUAAAAGGAAUCCGCCACCUAAUCAUGUACCAGCCACCUAAUUUUCCUAAUUUUUAUUCUGAGCUAAUCAAUUUAAUGCUUGAAUCCAAUCAGAACCCCAGAGAUGGUCUGAGGGACUCUAUGAGCGUCACCAUACUCUAUACCACAUAUGAUCUUCUCAGCUUAGGUAACAUCGUCGGUAGUGAAAAUGCAGUGCGCUUAGCAAAAGGGAAUAAAAAUUCUUACCUUUUCUCCACUAAUCAGUAAAAAUAUGACUAUAUUUUGAAAAAAAAAAAUAGUAUUUAAAAUUUUAAAUACAUAGUAAAUAUUAACAAAUUGUUGUUCUGAAAGAAAAUAAUAAAUUAAGUGGAAUUAACUAUAUAAAUAGGAA